ACUACUGAUAACAGUAGAGACACCGUAGUACUCAUGGGCCCAAUCCGGACAUUUCAGACAUACGAGAAUUUGGGGUUCUACUUCUGAAGGUCGACAUUGGAUUCUGUUUGGAAAACCAGGUUCCAAGCGAAGAAUCGACACCGGGUGUCCAGUAUCUAUGUUUGACGUAAGAGACGACACCAGCGAGAAUCAGUAGUUUCCAGGACAUUGUAUCCUGAAGGUGUUCAUGAUGUCACAGGGCACAAUGUCUGAGAUUUCCCUCGUAUCGGAUAUGAAGGAUGUUCUUACUUCCUGUCCCGUCUGUUCCAAACCUUUUGACGAAAGCUACCGUCUACCCCGCCGUAUGCCAUGCUGUGUUGAAGCCGUGUGUGAACCAUGUCUCGCACCGCUGUACUCCAACGGCCGUCUCACAUGCCCACUGUGCCACCGGCAGCACAGCGGCUACAAAGGGGUACAAACCCUCCCGGUGGAACAACUCAUCUUGAAAAUGCUAUCCCAGAUUAACGUCAAUAAAAGUCAUCACCUACCUUGUACCUACUGCCCUUUGAACAACAUAGCAAUAGCGAAAUGUGGCCACUGUAGCGUUCUUCUCUGCCAGGCUUGCUUAAAGACUCACUCCAAGAACAAGCUGCUCAAAGACCAUAGUGUUAUCAUGUUUGAAGACAUCAGAGCACAUCGGAUCAAUGGGCCUGGAAGCCUGUCCCGGACUAUGAGUCUUCAGUCCAUGAACCUCCUGAGUCAGUUAAAGGAGAAGGACCAGGGUCUUCGAGGUCGGAUGGAAGAGCUGCAGGAGUUGCAGAAGAACGUUGCUCUGUCAAGGAAGAGGGCCACGGAGGACAUCAACAGGUACUUUGAAAACCUGGCCGAUGAGAUGGAUCAGAGGAAGGCUUUGCUGCUCGCACAAGUGGAAGAACGGGCAGAUGAGGAGGAUACUAUUCUUACGCGUGUCAUCGAGUCAAGAAAUCAUCUACAGGAAAGGAUCAAGAAAAUCACCAAGAACUCUAGAAGUCGGAAGAGCCUUUCCUCUUCUGAAAUCUGGGACCUUCUUGCCGAGUAUCCAGAAGAUGUGGAGUUUCACAGGAAGGGCGUCAGCUUCGUCACCUCAAACGCUGAGCACAUAUCAUCACUCAUCAAGACUACGGGGCUAGUCCGGACUGUCACCUUCAUCCCAGCAGACAAGCCCGAGGGAGUUCCUGAUGCCGUCAUGUACAACAACAUCCACGUGGAGACUACUGAUGGCUAUGAUGUGAAUGAUGGGGCUACCGGAGUUGUCUCCCAUGCCACCGUCAGGAAUGAACAAACAUGUUGCCUUGGAGACAAGAUUAUCGUCUUGGAAACUGAGCGGUCCCCUCUGACAAUCACCUGCCCUUACCUAGAGUGGGACACCAGCACUGCCAGCAAGAUGAUUACAACGUCAGGAACAGUGAUCACAAACGCCAGACCGGAACGUCCGCUAAUGAGCACCGGAUGUCGUGUUGAAGCAGAGAGACACAUCCUAGCGUCCAGACCUCUGCUGAUGAGGAAUGACGAGCGCAUCAUGUUCCAGAUAAAGCUGAGCUACACGGUGAAGAUGCUUCUGCAGGAGAACAAGAUGCUGUUUGAGGUAUCCCUCAGUGACACCCCCAUUGAAUCUUCCUGGAACCAGCCAAACGGCCUCAGCGUCAACGUUGCCUCCUGCGCCGAACCCGACAAACAGCUGUGUCUCAGGGUCGUCUACGACAACAAGCUGCUUGAAGACACGCCCAUUGCCCAGAACGAGGUCGGUGUGUCACGUGGUCUUCAUCUGUGUUUUCUGCUGAACACUGCCAAAAACGAAAUCCAUGUGAUCAACGUUGAGGAUGAGAAAGUGAUCAGCACCGUGACCGACGUGGACAUGGACAGGCCUCUGUGGGUGAUGACGAUGCUGUCGUGGCCAUCGUGGACCAACAUGGCGGUAGCUAUGAUAUCGGGAACGCGAGUUGACGUCACAAAAGACAUGUACAAGUUACUCGCGUCUCUUGAGUGACAGUUCGAAGUUGUCCCAUAACACUGCCAUCUUGCGAGUAAGCCACACAACUCAAUGUCAUCGUGUGGCAUAACUUUACUUCAAACAUGUGUGAUUUAAGUCUUAGACACUGCGAACUCGUUUUAGUCAAAACCAAUCAUCUAUUAGUACUUUAAUCGUACUUUUCUCAGAUGUAUGUCUCUCUUAAUAACAUACUUUUGUAGAGAGUGAAUAUUUAUUUCUGUCACUGCUUCAAGACAUGAAGGGUGGGUGUAGGGUAGCUUAGUGGUUAAAGCGUCCGCUCGUCACGCCGAAGACCCGGGUUCGAUUCCCCACAUGGGUACAAUGUGUGAAGCCCAUUUCUGAUGUCCCCCGCCGUGAUAUUACUGAACUAUUGCUAGAAGCGGCGUAAAAAUAAACUCACUCCAUCAAGACAUGAAUCACCCAAGCAGCUUGUAGAAACCAAAUCAUAUUCAUUACACCAAGUGAACACAUUAUAAACCACGUUAUAUAUGUUUUUGAAUCAUAUUCAACCCUCUCAACUCCUUUUCCCGCUGUUGCCUGUUGCGAUUUCUCUCAAAUCAAAUACCGAAAUAACAAAUUGCGAGUCAUAGUAAUUGAUGGAACGCCCACUUUCAAAUACGGAAUAUUAACACCAAACAGUGAUCAUUCCUGAUCAGCUACCGAAACUAAUUUCUUUGAGCGAAAAAUAAGAAUAGGGAUGGAAGUUAUCUGGAUGCCUCGCUGAAAAUGGGUUCUAGAAAACCAGAUAUUCGAGAAAUCUGGGUCAUCCUUUUAUGUUUGAACAAAUAGGGUGCGAUGCUUUUUAAGAUAGUGUUAUCAUGUAUCAAUUGCAACCAAGUAAUAAAAAGGAGAAGAAAAUCAAAGUCAGCGCAUAUGAGAAUAGGUUAUUUUACUGUCAUGAACAACCGUUACAAUAGAAGGGUAUCGAAAACACACGAAAAACAUUUGCACCAUAGACACAACUAUUGCUCAAUAGAAAUCGGCAUUCUGAAUUGUUGUUCAGAUUUUUAUAUAUUAUUAAUGUGAAUACAUUUAUGUGUGUUUUAAUAUACAAUAUAUCUUCAUGUAGUUUCCUCCAAGUUGUAUCUUCCCAUGAUGACCAAGGUUAGAAUUGGUCUUCAGUAACCCAUGCUUGUCGUAAGAGGCGACUAACGGGAUCAGGUGGUCAGGCUCGCUGACUUGGAUAACAUGUCAUCGGUUCCCAGUUGCG